UGCUCUCUCUCCACCAUACGCUCUCUUCUCAGCCUCUAGUUCUUCAUCAUCAUCGCUGUUUAGAAUAAUGGCGUCGAGCUCGACUUGGACGGCGAAGCAGAACAAGAGAUUUGAGAAUGCUUUGGCGUUGUACCCCGAGGAGACGCCGGACCGGUGGCAGAAGCUGGCGAGAGCGGUGGGAGGGAAGACGGUGGAGGAAGUGAAGAGGCAUUAUGAGAAGCUUGUUGAAGAUGUGAAGCUGAUCGAGGAAGGCCAUGUCCCUCUGCCUGAUUACAAUACAAACACUGAAGCAUUACGAGGAGGACCGUCUUCCACCCUCAGAACUUACACUUACUUGGAUCAUCAGGAGCGAAGGAUUCUGCUUGCUGUGGCUGUAUUAUGUCGUAUUUAG